CGCACCUUCUCCUAUAUGGACUAUAAAAUUCAACUCAGCUGUGUUCAGUUAUCAAAGAACAAUGGCUCGUGUUGGAACUUCAGUAUUAAUAUUAGUACUUUACUUCGGACUAUCAGAGGCUGCUGAGCCUGUUGAUAAAGCCUGUCCAUUCAAGCCAGCUGAUCUGAUAUUUGUUCUGGAUGGUUCCGGAAGCGAGGGGUCAGCCAAUUUUAACCGUCAACUACACUUUGUCUCAAACUUCACCAAACAGUUCGAGGUUGGGCCAAACAACACCCGAGUCGCUCUUGUUUCGUUCGGCACUACUGUCCAUAAUGAGUUCUAUUUGAAUCAGUACAUGGACAAUGCGACUGUUCUGAACCAUAUCAACCAUGCAAAGUAUCCUGACGGGGAAACAAAUACACAUCUAGCCUUACAGUUUGUGAGAACAAAGACUUUAUCAUCGGCACAUAAUGGUAACAGAAAUUCUAGUAAAAUCAUCAUUGUGUUGACGGACGGGGAGUCCUUGGAGCCGGAGAAAACAAAAGCUGAAGCUGCAUUACUCAAGCGAGAUCCUAGGGUGACAAUUAUUGCUAUUGGUAUCGGAAGUCACGUGGAUCCUACAGAGUUGUCUAACAUAGCAAGUGAUGGUAACCAUACAUUCCGAGUUGCCUCGUUCGAAGCCCUGAAUACCAUAGAACAUGACCUUACCACCGAAACCUGCAACGCCUGUAACGAUCUGUCAGACAUUUGCUUCGUGUUGGACUCUUCAGGCAGCGAGGGCGCUGCCAACUUUCACCGUCAGUUAGAAUUUGUCAACAUGAUAGUGAAUGAGUUUUCCUUCGGAGGGACUACACAUACUCAGGUGUGUGUUGUGACAUUUUCAACCAACAGCUACACAGAAAUGCGUAUGGGUACAUACCACACCGCUGAAGAAAUAACACAGAAUGUCCUCAAAAUUCCCUACAGAGAUGGUGAAACGAGGACAGAUAAAGGCCUUUCGACAGCUACGUACGACCUGACGCGCCAAAAUGGUGCGAGACAUGACGCAAACAAGGUGAUGAUCAUUCUGACCGAUGGCAGAUCUACAGAGCCUGAUCUGACAAGAGCAAAGGCCGUCGCUGCGCACAGGGCUGGUGUAGACAUAUUCACAGUCGGUAUAGGUUCUAAUGUGGACAAGCACGAAUUGUCGAUGAUUGCCUCGGACCACGAUCAUACAUUCUACGUGAGGCACUUUGACCAGCUCCAAUCCAUACACCAAGAUAUAGUCGACUCAAUCUGUGCAAAGAGUCUGUUAAGAACGACAACUUCUACAUCAACAACAACCACCACCACGACAACAACAACAAUGCCCUCCACAACUACUAAAGCAGCUUGUGGUCUGAAGCCUGCGGACAUUGUCUUCGUUCUCGAUUCAUCCGACAGUGAAGGUGCUGAGAAUUUUAAAAAAGAGGUGGAGUUUGUCUACAACUUUGCCGCCCAGUUCUCUAUCGGCACCAGUAACGUGCAGUUCAGCGUGGUGACCUACUCUUCUGAUGUCCGUAAUGACUUCUUCUUUAACAAAUACAAUUCCAGAAACGCUGUCCUUCACGCUAUCCGUAAUAUCCAAUACAUGGGACAGGGAACCAAUACUUCCGCCGCAUUGAAUUUUGUGCGCACGCACACUCUACUUCCGGCUAACGGAGCCAGAACAAACUCCACAAAGUUUGUUAUAGUCAUAACAGAUGGACGCUCCAACGACCAGGACUUGACAAAGAAAGAAGCCCAACUCCUGCACACGAAGGCAGAGGUGAUAUCCAUUGGUAUCGGACCAGGUGUUGACAACACAGAACUCUCAAAUAUCGCAUCAAAUCACCAUGUGGUAAAAGUGAAUAGUUUCGCUCUACUAAACACAAUCAAGAAGCAGCUGACAGAUUUAGCAUGUGAAUCUGGAUCGUGCCCUUUCAAACCCGUCGACAUCACUUUUGUUCUUGAUGGUUCAGGAAGUGAAGGUCAUUCAAAUUUCAACAAACAACUCCAGUUUAUUUCAAACAUAACACAACAAUUUGAAAUUGGUGAGAAUAAUACCCGUGUCUCGUUGGUCACGUUCGCUAACAAAGUUCACAAUGAAUUCUUCCUGAACCAGUAUUACAAUAAGACAGAGCUCCUGUCACAUAUAGCACAUACAGCGUAUCCGAAUGGCGAAACAAACACGCACAGCGCAAUCCAUUUUGUAUCACAUCACACACUGUCUCCGAAUCACGGCGCUGAGAGAAAUGUGACAAAGCUUGUCAUUGUGUUGACAGACGGAAAAUCAUCACAUCCAUUGUUACUUAAGCACAAUCUCUCUAAUCUGAAGCUUGUAACCACGAUAACGAUAUAUAUUAGAAUCUUGGUUCCAGUUUCAGCUGCCUGUAACAAAGAGUUGUCCAAUAUUUGCUUCGUCCUUGAGCCCUUCGGAAGUGAAGGCGCUGUUAAUUUUCACAAACAACUCGAGUUUGUAAAUAUCAUUAUCAAUGAAUUCUCGUUUGGAAAUGGUGUCAAUACACAUAUCUGUCUUAUCACAUUUGCUUCUGGUGCCUUUCACGAGAUACAUCUCAAACAAUACGACGACAAGAAUUCAAUUAUGACGAAUGUUCUCAAAGUACAAUGGAGGAAUGGUGAAACAAUGACGAACUUAGGUCUUGAUGCCGCGAGAUCCGAGCUUAGCCAUAGUCAUAGAAAUAAAGCGGUAAUAGUGCUUACAGACGGACAGUCAAAUAAUCCAGAACUGACAAAACAAUCAGCAGACAAUUUACACAGGACGCAUCGACGGUUAAAGUCACAAACUAUACAAAAAUUGCCAGGCAUUGAGACCAUUGCUAUAGGAAUAGGUCACAUGGUCGAUGAUGAUGAAUUAAAGGUCAUUGCUUCUGAUCUCAAGCACGUGUUUAACAUCAUUGCUUCUGAUAACGACCAUGUGUUUAAAGUUGCCUCAUUCGAUCAGCUGGCACAGAUCCAUCAAAAGGUUGUCGACAAAAUCUGUGUAGCUUGCGGCCUUAAGCCAGCAGACAUUGUCUUCGUCUUGGACUCAUCCGACAGUGAAGGCGCUGACAACUUCAAGAAAGAGGUGGAGUUGUUUAUGAUUUUCCCGCACAAUUCUCUAUCGGCACCAAAAACGUCCAAUUCAGCGUUGUCACAUUCUCUUCUGAUGUCCCGAAUGAUAGCUCUUGUAGCUGUAUUCUACAGUGCAAAGGCUAUCGACAAAGCGUGCCCUUUCAAACCCGUCGACAUCACUUUUGUUCUUGAUGGUUCAGGAAGUGAAGGUCGUGCAAAUUUCAACAAACAACUCCAGUUUGUUUCAAACAUAACGAAGCAAUUUGAAAUUGGUUUGGAUAAUACCCGUGUCUCGUUGGUCACGUUCUCUAACGAAGCUCACAAUGAGUUCUUCCUGAACCAGUAUUACAAUAAGAAAGCGUUAUUGUCACAUAUAGCACAUACAACAUAUCCGAAUGGCGAAACAAACACGCACAGCGCAAUCCAUUUUGUAUCACAUCACACACUGUCUCCGAAUCACGGCGCUGAGAGAAAUGUGACAAAGCUUGUCAUUGUGUUGACAGACGGAAAAUCAUCACAUCCAUUGUUACUUAAGCAAAAUCUCUCUUAUCUGAAGAAAAAUCCUCUUGUAACAACAAUAGCUGUUGGAAUCGGGAAGGCAGUGGAUCCAAAUGAACUACAAAUGAUUGCAAGUGAUUCAAACCAUACUUUCCGAGUGAGCUCAUUUGACGCCCUUAACACUAUACAGAACGAACUCAUCGACACGGCAUGUGAUGCCUGUAUCAAAGAGAUAUCAAAUAUUUGCUUCGUCCUUGACUCCUCUGGUAGUGAAGGCGCUGUUAACUUUCACAAACAACUCGAGUUUGUAAAUAUGGUUAUCAAUGAAUUCUCGUUUGGAAAUGGUGUCAAGACGCAUAUCUGUCUUAUCACAUUUGCUUCUGGUGCCUUUCACGAGAUACAUCUCAAACAAUACGACGACAAGAAUUCCAUAAUGACAAAUGUUCUCAAAGUACAAUGGAGGAAUGGUGAAACAAUGACGAACUUAGGUCUUGAUGCCGCGAGAUCCGAGCUUAGCCAAAGUCAUAGAAAUAAAGUGGUAAUAGUGUUAACAGACGGACAGUCAAAUAAUCCGGAAUUGACAAAACAAUCAGCAAACAGUUUACACAGGCACGGCAUUGAGACCUUUGCUAUAGGAAUAGGUCACAUGGUCGAUAAUGAUGAAUUAAAGGUUAUUGCUUCUGAUCACAAGCACGUGUUUAAAGUUGGUACAUUCGAUCAGCUUGAACAUAUCCAGCAACACGUGGUCAACAAAAUCUGCGCAAGCAAAAAAACGUAGUACCCAAGAAAAAAGCAAAAAUGCAGUGAAUAACAAAUAGACUCUCCCUGGUUCUCCCUUGAUAAAAUGUCAAUACAAAAAUCGUUUUCAAUGUUUUUUUCUGCUAUUCAGUUUCACAAAGUAAACAAAU